AUGCCAAACGGUAGUCUUAAUCAGUGGAUCUUUGAUAAUCCGAAAGAGCCAAUGCCGUGGCGGAGAAGGCGUCAGGUGAUUAACGAUGUUGCGGAAGGGCUUAACUAUCUUCACCAUGGAUGGGAUCAAGUGGUGAUUCACAGAGAUAUUAAAUCAAGUAACAUCCUUUUGGGUUCUGAGAUGCGUGAGAGGUUAGGGGACUUUGGUUUAGCCAAGCUCUGUGAGCACGGUGGGGCUCCAAAAACCACUCGCGUGGUGGGUACGUUAGGGUAUUUGGCGCCAGAGCUUGCGUCUGCGUCUGCGCCUACGGAGGGGAGUGAUGUGUAUAGUUACGGUGUGGUUGUGUUGGAGGUUGUUUGUGGGAGGAGGCCGAUAGAGUACGCGGAGGAGGAGGAUAUGGUGCUUGUGGAUUGGGUUAGGGAUUUGUACGGUGUAGGAAGAUUGGUUGAGGCGGCCGAUGAGAGGGUGAGGAGUGAGUGUGAGACGAUAGAGGAAGUUGAAUUGUUGCUCAAGUUAGGUUUGGCUUGUUGUCACCCUGAUCCAGCCAAGCGGCCGAAUAUGAGAGAGAUCGUUUCACUCUUGCUAGGUUCGCCACAGGAAGAUUUGUUGACUGGACUUACGCCAGCCGCCGCCGUGGAAGACUCUGAGGCUGCACACGCCUGA